UGUUGCAAACUACUAAUUACAUUUUUUUUAAACAGAUACAGACCCACGCGUUUUAGAAAAACAAGAACUACAGCAACCAACUUACGUUGCCCUAAGCUAUAUUAACAGGUUUAUGACUGAUGCAGCUCGACGGGAGCAGGAAUCUCUGAAGAAGAAGAUUCAGCCUAAACUCUCUUUGACUUUGUCAAGCUCUGUGUCUCGUGGGAACGUGUCUACUCCACCUCGCCACAGCAGUGGAAGCCUUACUCCUCCAGUCACUCCUCCCAUCACACCCUCCUCCUCAUUUCGCAGUAGUACACCUACAGGUAGCGAAUAUGAUGAGGAAGAAGUAGACUAUGAAGAAUCAGACAGUGAUGAAUCAUGGACUACAGAAAGCGCCAUCAGCUCUGAAGCUAUCCUUAGUUCAAUGUGUAUGAAUGGAGGGGAUGAGAAGCCUUUUGCCUGCCCUGUUCCUGGAUGUAAAAAAAGAUAUAAGAAUGUGAACGGUAUCAAGUACCAUGCCAAGAAUGGCCACAGAACACAGAUCCGUGUACGCAAACCAUUCAAAUGUCGUUGUGGAAAGAGUUACAAGACAGCUCAGGGCCUGCGGCACCACACAAUCAAUUUCCAUCCCCCAGUGUCUGCUGAGAUUAUCAGGAAGAUGCAGCAAUAACAUGCUGGUCACAAAUGUGCCAAGAAAUCCUCACCAGCAGUUGCUGAUUUUGAAAACAGCCACCUUUUUCAGGGGAAGCAUUCAGCAACCCUUUAAAAAAUUAAAUGCAUGCUUUAAAUUUUUCUGUAAUUUUGGAAUGAUGUAUCUUUGUAGAGUUAAUGAUUUUGUACAUUUGCACAUGUAAUCAUCAUACCCAUUUUCAUUACUUUGAGAUAAGGUGCUAAAAAGCUAUAGAUUCUUCAGAACAUUUUUCUCCAAAAAAAAAUUUUAAAAAAUAGGGGUGUUGCAUAUUUAGUUGUACUGCAGUGUUAAAUAUGAGUAUGGGGAGGGAAGCUUGGCACUGACAUCAUUUCAAGAUUGUAAUGUGAUUGAAGACUUUCAAACACAUCAGUUAACGUAUGUACAAAACCAAAACAAUACCAACAUUGUCAACCUGGUUAACAUGCCUUAUUGUAAUGAAGUUAUCAGUGGGGUAGCAAGUCUUUAGGUAUUGGAAAUAUAAAUAAGAAUGUUUAACAUAAUAUGCUAAAAAUAUUUUCAUACUUAAAUAACAUACAUAAAAGGUGUGCUUGCUGUAUUUUAUAUUAUCUUGCAAUUUUUUUCUUCUUGAAAUGCUGAAAGAUCUUGCCAUUUGAACUAGUAAACAAUCACUUUAGUGUUAGGAAUUACUACUACUUUUCCUUUUUUUUUUUUUUGUACAAGAUGUCAUAUUAAGUUCAUGCCCAUCAGACUUUUGAGGACCAAGAUUCCAAGUCCAACUAAAUAUUUUCCCCUGAAUUAUGCUGUUAGAAAGACGCUUGGAAAUACUUAAGUGCAAAUUUGUGUGUGUGUGAGAAAAUUAUAUCUUCAUCUCAGAUGAAGUUUUAAAGCACUUUGUAGUUCUCUAUUGCCAACAGAUUUUAUGUUUUAUGUGUUGCCAAUUCUUGCAACUACUGUACUAGCAUGUGCCUGUGGUUGCAAAUAAAAGUUUUUAAAAAACCUAAGCAUGUUUUAAGGAGGUACAUGAUUUGCGUUAAGGGAAUUUCUAUUGAACCUCCUUCAUGUUCAUUGUAUUUUAAGAUUUUUUUUGUAUAUUUUUGCCUCUUAUUGUAGGUCACUGCAUUCUGAUUGGAAAUGUCUGUUUAGCUUUACAAAUCCAUUUGCUGAAAAUUAACAUAUGAGCCUUUAUGAUGCUGAAAUGCUUCUUGCAGGAGGUGGACAAAGACUGACAUAAAACGAGUCAUCACAAAAUAACUUAGUGUCUGGACCAUAACUGAAUAUUUAUUGCUUACCUUAUCAUCCUGCUUUGAGCAUUCUCUCACAAGUGCUGCUCUCAGAUUACCAAUUUAGCUUACCAAUAGUCUAUUUAUGCAACCUCUUCCCCCCAAAUUGAGGCUUAUAUCCCAUGAAAAAAAUAUGUAUUUAAAAUGCAUUUCUCUUUUUCCUUAACCUGGUGUGGAUUUUCAGACAAAUGGGAAAUAGCCUCUCCAUUUAAAAAAAAAGAUGAUUGCUGGCCUUCAAAAUGUUUUGAACUAGAUAAAUGAACUUCCUUUUAGAACUGCUGAAUACUCACUUAGGGGUUCUGAAAGUGUAAACAGUUUCUCCUUUUACAUAUAUUCCAUCCAUUUCAAUCUUGAACAGACAACAGUGGUUGUACAAUGCAAUGCUUUCAAUUAGGUAUAAAGGAUGAUGCAGACUUAAGAAUCAAUUUGUUGGUACAUAAAAGCCCCAUUUGGCCAUUUCUUCUAUAGUUUGGCAAUAAGUCUGGAGAGCAAGUAUUGUCUCAGCUCCUACUGCAAGAAACUACAGGUUGGAUAAGCAAGUUUAACAGCUAAACAGUCAUAAAAUGUCAUUGUUGCAUGUCAAUUCCUUUCAACUAUCAAAAUGAAAUUCCAGUUUCUAUUUACCUAUUCAUUGUGACAGUAUUAUUAAACAGGUAAAGAUGGGACUAUUUUGUUAUACUGUGUAUAGUGAAUGUAUUGUACUGUGUCUGUGAAAAGUGUGCUUUAAAUUAUAUUUUCAUAUGUUUUGUUGGGGACAAAGUACAUUAAGUUCGAAAGUGACAGAGGUUUGUUUUAGAACUGAAGGCAACUUAAUGAAUUCCUGUCAAGAAAGCUGCUUAUAAAUGUAAAUCAAAUCACAUUUAAAAUAAACUGCCUCUGACUGAAAAACAAA